UGCAGCUCAGAGGUGGAUAAAGUUCGUCUCCACGUUGGAAGUGAUCGAAAGUACUAUCCCAAAUCCGGCACUGGCUUUUCUGUUUAAGGAGGAGGAUCGUUCGAAAGAGGAUUGUUUUGUCGGACGUUUUGUGGUUGGUGGCGGGGGAACGACGCUUUUUUUUUUUUAAAUUUUUUUUUUUUAAACCGAUGUUCGUGCGCUUGGCGAGAGAAAAGUUUUGUCGGGACACAAAGUUGUCAAGGGAUUUGAACUUCAACAAAAGGCCGAGAGAAAGCAAGUCGUACGUCAUCGGUGGACUGUUUCCAAGGUGGGACGCCCUCUUGUAAAGUGAUCCAAAAAACUUCAUGUCCGGGAAAAUGGAAACGACAUUCUACGACGACGCCGUGAACGCGUCCAACUCUCAUCUCGACGGCGCGAGGGUACAGUACGGCUUCAACACAAAAGCCCUCAAACAAUCCAUGACUCUGAAUCUAAACGAGCCCCGAAACUUCAAACCCCAGCUGGGCUCCAAGGCCCUGGACAUCCUCACGUCGCCCGAUGUGGGUCUGCUGAAGCUGGCCUCCCCGGAGCUGGAGCGGCUAAUCAUCCAGUCGUGCACGGGGCUGACGACCCCCACCCCGACCCAAUUCGUCUGUCCCAAGAACAUCACCGACGAGCAGGAGGGCUUCGCAGAGGGCUUCGCAAGGGCGCUGGCUGAGCUCCACUACCACCAGAUGAGCGCCGCCCACCACCCCGAGGCGCCGCCGCAGACCACCGGCAUGGCCUCGGCCGCGUCCGACACCAGCGAUAACGCUUACAGUUGCACGGUGCGCGCCCCGGACCCUCCGCAAUACACCAACUUGGCCAAUUUCAACCGAGCCGUGCUGGGCUCCAAUGAGAGACCCCCACCCGCCGCCUGCUACUCGGCGCCCACACCGGCUCCCCACGUGGUGGACCACCAAGCUCCGCACGCGAGGCUGCGUGCCCUGAAAGAGGAGCCGCAGACGGUGCCCGAGAUGCCCGGCGAGACGCCGCCGCUCUCCCCCAUCGACAUGGAGAGCCAGGAGCGCAUCAAGGCGGAGAGGAAGCGCAUGAGAAACCGGGUAGCCGCGUCCAAGUGCCGCAAACGGAAGCUGGAGAGGAUAUCUCGUCUGGAGGACAGGGUGAAAAAUCUCAAGAGCCAGCACACUGAGUUGGUGUCGUCUGCCAACAUCCUGCGGGACGAGCUGGCCCUGCUCAAGCAAAAGGUCAUGGACCACGUCAACAGUGGCUGUCAGCUCAUCUUGACGCAGCAGCUCCAGGCUUUCUAGACUCCCGGCGGUGGUCGUGGGUGGCUGCUGCCGCUGCCGCGUGUCGGGACAUGUCCCGAGGGACCAAAUUACUCCAUGUGGACGCAAGUCCAAAUGAUCGUCAGCUCAGGCACUUUCUCCUUCCAGCUUUUCUGCAGACACGCUAUGAUGAAUAUGAUGAAUGAUGCAGAAGCUGGGCCAGCCACGCGCGGACAAAGUAGGACAUCAUACCUGUUACAAAGGUCACUUAAGAGGGCUUCGGCAGUGUUUGGAGAACUCCAUCCGGCACUGACGUGACGUGGGAGCCUUUACCCAGCCGAUAUGAUGUCAAGCAAGCUGCAAUAAAUAACACGUUAGAUGCACUUGUACUACAGCAACACUAACACGGUCUAACCUUUUAUGCACUCAGGUGUGAAUCGUUUACUGACUUUACCUGCCUUACUUACUCGUAAUCCUCACAUUGAUGCAACUUUUGGGAUACCGGUCAGGUGUAACUCAUGUUAGACGUCGAACGUUUGUACGCCGAUUUGGAGCACUUCACCAUUGUACAGAAGACAAAAUAAAACGUUGGACUCAACAAUG